AUGUGUGGACCAAAGAUCAUCACCCACGACGACUUUAAUGCGGGCUUUUUAGAAGCAUCAAUAAAAACUUAUGGAAACGGUGGAAACUAUGUCGCUUCACCAAUGAGCGUUCUCGUGUUGAUGUCUGCUCUCCUCACUGCCAAGGGACCACAAAAUGAUACGGCAACAGAGAUCUGCGAAGCUCUUGUUGGAAGGACCAAGAAGCACACUUGCACUGAUGAAGCAGACUACAAAGAAGUAGUAAGCCUACUGGAAAAAAUUCGCACUGUUGUUGAGACAGCAAAGUCACCUGAAGGGAAGAGUGCAUUGAAAAUUUCGAAUGCUGCUUUCAUUGAAGAAUCACUACUAGUUAAAGAUCUUUUCAUCAAAAAAUUCACCUACUUUCAUGGAGAUACAGUAAAGAGAACUCGGUUUAACAAUUUAGAUGCCUUUGAAAACAUAAAUAAAUGGGCAAAUACAGUUACGGAUGGAUUGAUUCCGAGGUACCUGAAUUCAAAAGAUGAACUACCUGAGGACACCUUGUUGGUUUUAUUGAAUGCCAUAACUUUUAAGGAUGAGUGGGCCGAACCAUUUUAUUCUAAUUUUACAUCCCAUCGCAACUUCCAUUUAAGCAAAGAUGAAACCAUUCGAGUUCCAAUGAUGGACAUGGAAAGCGAUAUGUAUUAUUUUGAGGAUGAGGUCUGUAAGGUCGUAAACAAGCCUUUCAGAGAUUCAAGAUUCAGCUUUGUUAUUUACUUGCCCAAAGAAGAUUUCGAGUUGAAAGAUAUUGAAGCUAAAAUGGUGAAGGAAGAUUUUGUGUGGCUCAAAGAGUCAGCUCAUAAAUUUUAUGAACCAGUGCGCCUCAUACUCCCAAAGUUUAAAGUGGAACACAGACUCGAUCUCAAACCCAUUCUUCAACUUCUUGGAAUCCGUUCAAUUUUUACAAGAGGAGUUGCUAAUCUGAAAGGAAUAAGUUCUGAUGUCGAUCUAUAUGCCAGUGGCGCCAAACAGGUUGCCAUGAUGGAAGUCGACGAAGGAGGUGCCAGAGCGGCUGCUGUCACUGGAAUUGAACUAAGUAGCAGAUUUGGUUUUUCACCUACUCCUGAGUUAUUUAUUGUUAAUCGACCUUUCUAUUGUGCCAUAUUUGACAAUCAAUUGCAAAUGCCACUGUUUAUUGCUCGUAUUGUCGAUCCUCGCUAG